AUGUCAGUUUCUACCCUAACUAACGUACGACUCAAUAUAGGUCGUUAUGAAAUAGCUUCCUGUAUUGAUCGAUGGGCUUUGACUUCUUCAAAUGCUAGAAUUCGAUCAUUUUGUCAACCAAAAAUUGCUCAUAAUAUUAUCAUUUUUCUUAUGCUUAUUUGGCCAAUUAUUCCAAUAUUCCUAGCUACCCUCUCAAAUAUUUAUUCUGGUCGUUGUAGUCAACCUUCAUAUUAUGCUUUUCCAAUUUCAAUGUAUUCAUUUAUUUUUGUGGGAUCUCUUCCACCAUUAUUAAUGUUAUUAUUUGGUUUAUUAACGUGGCGUAGCUUAAAAGAAGUUCGGUCACGAAUUGCACCUGAAAAUGAUUCUACUCAAUAUCGUUUACAAAGACGUGAUCGUGACUUGAUGAAAAUGGUAGUUGGUGACAUACUUGUCUAUUUAAUAACUACAAUGCCUUAUCCUGUUAAUUCACUGUAUGGUAUUAUCACUGCAUCUAUUGCACAACAAAAGAGUGAAAUGCGUUUGGCUAUUGAAACACUUAUUUCAUAUAUAAUUAGUCAAAUAUUGAUUUAUAUAUAUUAUGUUACUCCAUUUUUUGGUAGAGUUUGCUUGUCAAUUUUGAAUUUAAGUUUUAUUUAUCAUGAUCCAUGUUGUUUUGUUUUUAUUUUAGUAUAUUCAAUUAGCUCAAAGAAAUUUCGAGGUGAUUUUAUUCGCUUAAUUCGUUGUCAAUCAAUGCUCUAA